AUGGAUGCUAUUAUGAAACAACUUAUCCAAAUCAAAAAUUACAUUGAACUAGCUUGUAUGUGUAGUGAAAAUGGUGAAAAUGGACUUGCUCGUCUAUAUUAUAUGAAUGCUGAUAUAUUAAUUCAAAAACUUUCGGUGGAUCUAAACAAGUCAUCAAUUACAAAUCAAAAUAUUCAUCAAACAAUGCCAAACUCAGCAGUAGUUGUUAUUUUUCGAACAUAUCCACAAUUAAAUGGUCGAACAACAUCAAUAUCUUCAAUUAUUAAUUAA